AAUUCGAGGGACGACUGGAGUGAUUAUAAGUCUAUUAGAAAUCGCGUCAACAACGAGAUAAAAAGAGCCAAGAAGUCAUAUUAUGAAAAUCAUUUUGCAUAAAAUUCAAAAAACUCAAAGGAGGUCUGGAAAGCUAUUAAUGAAGUCCUCUCACGAAGGACUAAAUCUGGCUCUUAUGUAACAUCUAUCAAAACAGGUGAUACAUCGAUGWGUGACUCGAAGGAAAUAGCUGAGGUAUUCAAUUGUCAUUUUUCUGAAAUUGGGACUAAAUUAGCUUAUUUAAUUCCCGAUGGACCG